CACCGCGAUAUCACAGCAGCACAACUCUUUUCCAAACACUCAUCUGUUCAUCUUGAAAGAAAAAGAAAAAGAAACGCCAAAAUGAAGGCUGUUCUGCCUAUCGUCCUCGCGCUAUUCGGUGCCGCCAUCGCUGCGCCGGUUCAGCCAGAGAGCGCCGACAGCAAGCGCUCCGAGGCUCAGAGCCCCGAUAUCUUGUACAACAACCAGGCCGGCUGGGGCAAGCGAUCUGAGGCCCAGAGCCCCGACGUCCUUUACAACAACCAGGCCGGUUGGGGCAAGCGUUCCGAGGCCCAGAGCCCCGAUAUCCUCUACAACAACCAAGCCGGCUGGGGGAAGCGCUCCGAGAAGCGCUCCGAGGCGCAGAGCCCUGACGUUCUGUACAACAACCAGGCUGGCUGGGGGAAGAAGCGUUCCGAGGCCCAGAGCCCGGACGUCCUCUACAACAACCAGGCCGGUUGGGGGAAGCGCUCUGAGGCUCAGAGCCCUGAUAUUCUUUACAACAACCAGGCUGGGUGGGGGAAGAAGCGUUCCGAUGCUUGAAAGCCGCGAUUCACUACAUGGCGCUGCUGAGUGACAGGAAAUGAUGUACGAGCUUAGAUCAUCACUACCAUGAAACGCGUGGUGGCGAGCCGAAACUUAGUCUUUGCGAAUACAACUCGAGAAAACCCAAG